CUGCUUUGUUAACAAUAAUCUUUUUGUUCAUUUACCGAAACCAAACUUUACCAGUUAUUUUAAACGACAUGGCUAUGAUGUAUCGGGAAAGUAAACGGUGAGGGGAAUUCCUUAUUUCACUUCGUACCUGGUACAAGAAGAAAAUAUACUACAGUUUGGACAUACUCCCGAAUUGUUGAGAUUUUAAUUAUUCACAAUGGAAGGCCAAGUUUUUAAUCCCAAAAGAACAGUUUUAAUUGAAGAAGAUUUAUUAGAUCACGUGUAUGAUCCGCCUCUGUGGUCAGGUGGUCCAUAUCUGAAAAUGGUUGACGAAGAAAUCAAUUUUUGCUACUCUCCUGUGAGCGAUCCUCUGUUAAGAACUAGACUGUCAAUUGAUGACACUGGAAGUGAAUCUCUUAAAGAGUUCAACCAAGUUCAAGAAUGUAGAAUUAACCUAUCAAAUGCCUAUCCACACACAACACUGCCUAGUCAUAACAACAGAUUAUCAAGAAAGACAAUGUAUUUGAUAUCAACCUGUUUAGCAAUAUCUGGACUUUUAUUUUUAUUUUCCUUUUGUUUAUGAUGACAUGAGAAAUUAUAUGUUCAACUGAUUAAGGAAAUAGACGGUUGUGCAAUAUUCCAAGAUAAGGAAAAUUGUGAUAUGAAUCUGAAUCGUACAUGUGUCUUUAUAUGAACAAGUGCAUACGUUUAUAGUGGCGACUCGUGAGAUUAAUUUUGAAGACAGUGCCUUGUUUAUCUGGAAUUUUGUAACACCUAUGGUGCCUUGUUUUACGUGCCUUCACUUAAGUCGAAUAGUAUCUAGUACAUACUUUUAUAAACUACGCCAAAAGUAACAAAACAGAACAAGUGCAGCUGUUGACAAAACAGAACAAGUGCAGCUGUUGAAUGGCAAAACACUGUGAUGACUAUUCUAAGUGAACUAUUAGCUAAUGUUGCUCAAGUAUGUGACCCCAGUUGGCCUAUUAAUAAGAAUGGGGAAAAUGCUUCUGAACUUUGCCUUUGUGUGUCGAGUAGACGGACUUCGACCAAGUUAUGUGUUGAGUUUGUGCUCACUUUUGCCAGGUGGAAAACUGGAUCUGAAGUGCGCUCUGGUAAAUAUGAAAUAUGUGUCAAGGUAUUUGCCAAUAUUAGUAGAUAAAUCCUUUAAAACUGUUUCCAUCGACAAUAUUUUGUUAUAUUGACUCUAUGAAACGUGUUACAGCCACGUUUAAUUUUAACAAUGCAAAAUCAUCCUCAUAUUAAAUUUUAUCCACAUUUUAUUCAUCUAGAAAUAUCACUUUUAUUCAUUCGUUAUGAUUUUUGUUAUUAAAUC